CUUGAAGAUUUACAUGCUAACUACGAGAAGCUGAUUAGUAGAAUCCAUACUUUUACUUAUCGCAAUCGCGCAUCGGACAACACAGCUGCGGCACCUGUCCCUGAACCCAGCUCGGAUACUCCGCACCAAUCGGCAACCGUCGCUGGGCAAAGGGGAGGGGGUGAGUGA